CUCACGGGGCCGCUGGGACUCAUGGACCCUCACUCAACAAGAGCGCAAUUUAAUACAAGAGGGCCUAAGGCGGGGCCAACCAGGACUAUGACCGUACAACCACUUCCCCGCACCAUGUCGCAACCGGACAAGGAGAAGGCUCCAACUCGUCCGGCAGCUCGCAGCCGCAAGUCGUCUACAGCCUCCUUACUUUCGGCAGCGCCUCGGCCGAUCGCGACGAACUCGAGGGUCAAGCACGACGAGCAGCUGAAGAAAGACAUGUAUUUGUCGUUUGUAAACAAUGCGUUGCAACAGAAGGCACUCGGAAAUACCGAACCCUACGAUGAACUGGUCGAGCAGUUUGCUUUCAAACAUACCAAGGGCAAUAUGCCCUCUCCCACACCCCAGCUGCGCUUUUGGCUCAUCGCGCUAUCCCAUGCUGUUUCCCGACUCGGGCGACAACACUUCACGCUCGUAGAAGCAAUCGUGAACAUGCCGUGGAGUACGAUGGAAUCGUCUUUCGUAAAAACUUACUCGUCAUUUACUGGCGUGCUUCUGAGCGCGAGGCCAGAAUAUCUUUCGUUGAUCCUGGGCAAGAUCGCGCGCGGGUUCACAUACCAAUCUGGUCUCCAAGCGCUCGAUGCCGGUCCUGCGGAAACGUCGUCACGUCCUCUCACUCGCCGCAUAGUCUACGACCGCCUCCAUUACCUCUUGCGCCACUUGCUCGACCUUAUACCCACUCUUUCAUCUACCCUCGAACCUCUGCUGAUCCAAAACUUCCCACACAAGAGGCAAAAUGUCGUUUCUCAAGUCACGUACAUUCGCAACCUCCUGCGAAUCACGGAAUACUGUCCUGAACUGGCGGACAGGAUACUAGCCACCAUCGUGGAUCGCUCCAUACAGAUCGACGUCGAAAUCCAAGUUGAGCUGGAAGAGCUCGAGGAAGUAGCGGCACAGGCUCAGGAGGAUGUCUUCGAGCUUGACCCCUUUGACACAGUUGUUGGUCAAGACGGGGACUCCGAAAGUGACGACGACGAAAGCGACGAUGAUGACAACCUUAGUGAUCUAUCGUCGGACGCCGGAGACGUCGACGAUGACGAACCCGAGACAGCGGAGCUCGCGAUGGAUAUGUCCCAAGUGCAGGAAAUGGUCCGCAAGCUUGAUGCUAUCCUCAAUCUCAUAUUCAAUCACUUCAGCCAUUCGCAUGUCGACAUUGUUCCGGCGCGGAAUCGCUUGUCGAGAUCACCCUCGAUGUCGAGACCUGACUCGCCCGUCUCUAGUAUCGGAGACGUUUCAUCUACCCCACGUCCUCCGUCACCGCUGUCCAUUGAACGCGGCAAGUCGCGAAGACGCGCUCAAUUCUACAACCUCCUCUCUAUAUUCGAUCGGACCAUCAUCCGCACGUUCAAAUCCCGAUACACGCAAUUCCUCGUGUUCUGGUACUCCUCGUUGGACCCCGAGUUCAGCGAUCUGUUUCAAGGAAUGCUGCUUUCCAAAGCACUGUUGGAGACGGAUCAGCCUGCGGUAACUCGGGCAGCUGCGACCAGCUACGUGGCGAGCUUCGUCAGCCGCGCUCGGUUCGUCGACCAGGACGGCACGCGGAAGGUCGUCGCCUUACUGUGCAACUUCCUGAAGAGCCAGUUGGACAUGUUCGAGGCGGUGGAGCAGACCGGCAUUGGCUUACCUAGUGGAGCGCACCAGACAGUGUUUUACGCUGUGGCGCAGGCAGUCUUCCUAAUCUUCUGCUUCCGGUGGCGUGAUCUGCUCGCGAUAACCGAGGAAGACGUCGACGAAACGCACGAGAGCGCACCACCGAUGUCGUCUAGCAAGUGGAUGUCCGAAUUGGAUGUUAUGCAGAGGGUGGUGCAGUCGUCGCUGAACCCGCUGAAGGUAUGCUCCUCAACUGUGGUCAUGCAGUUCGCGCGGGUUGCGCACGCCACCAAUUUCGUCUAUUGCUACUCGAUCAUCGAGGCGAACAAGAGGGCGGAAUACAACACCAACACCACUGCACCAACAUCGAUGGAUGGACGUCGCCUCCAUGUUCACAGACGUCAUUCAGAUGUGUUGUCCGACCCUCUCACCGCCGAAUUGAACACGUUCUUCCCGUUCGACCCUUACAACCUUCCGAAAUCAAGCCGUUACAUCCAGGGUGUUUAUCGCGAGUGGGAUUCGGUAGCCAUAGACGACGGUGAAGAGGAGGACGAUGAGGAUGAGGACGAUGAUGAUGACGAAGCGUCUAGCGACGCCGAAGAGCAUCCGCCGCCGACGUCGCCUCCGAUUUCCAACAUCCCUAUCUUGCGGAAUGGGUCGGCGGGGGACGACGAGAAGCUGGGUGCUUCUUUUGACGCGAUGAGCAUCAGCAUAUAAAGCUGGCGGCCCUGUCAUCGUCAUGAUCGUGUUGAUGUGAUGUGCUUUGUAUCUAUUCCAUCCGUGUUGUAUU